UGCAGUAAUGUCGCUCGGCUCGUCCAUCUACCAGCUCGCCUUCAAGCGAAACUCGGUCUACAUUACUGGCAUCAUCACCGGCGCCUUCAUUUUCGAGAAGGUCUUUGACUCGUCCAUGGACGGUCUCUUUGCCAAGCUGAACGAAGGCAAAUCGUUCGAGGACCUCAAGAAGGCUCGCAACCUGCAGUAAUUCAACCAGAGAUUCAUUUUUACCAAAAUCUACAAAAAUCAUCAAGUCCAGCUGUUCUCGUUCAUCGACCCUUGCGUCUGGUGGAAAGAUGUUGUUUGGUGCUUUGCAAAUACACAGUUGAAAAACAAAAAAGGACGAAGAAGAAGAAGAAGAAGAAAAAAAAAAAAAACCGACGUCCUCCAUCAAGACUGGGAACUAAAUCAGUUUGUUUUCAUCUUGUUGUCAAACGGGGCAACUUCUUAAGAAACACGGGAACAACACG